CGCGAUAUUUCCGAACCGGCAUUAUGGUGCGCAUGAACGUUCUUGCCGAUGCCCUUACAAGCAUCAACAAUUCAGAGAAACGUGGAAAACGCCAGGUUCUCAUCCGCCCAUGCUCCAAAGUGAUUGUGAGGUUCCUGACUGUAAUGAUGAAGCACGGCUACAUUGGAGAAUUUGAAAUUAUCGGCGAUCACAGGGGUGGAAAAAUUGUUAAUCUCACAGGGAGACUGAACAAGUGUGGUGUCAUCAGCCCCAGAUUUGAUGUUCAAGUAAAGGAGCUGGAAAGGUGGCAGAAUAGUCUUUUGCCUUCCCGUCAGUUUGGGUACCUCGUUCUCACGACCUCAGUUGGCAUCAUGGACCAUGAAGAGGCCAAACGAAAACACACAGGAGGAAAAAUCUUGGGAUUCUUUUUCUAAAAUGUGAGACCAGCCUGCAAUAAAAUUUUUAAAAAAAA